AUGUUUUUUGUUUCGAAAGCUCAACGUUUGGAAGAUACGCACGUACGUUAUCUUAGCACACUGUCCGAAAACGAAAUUGAAGUAGAAUUCGAUAUUAUUGAAGAUUAUCGUGACAAGGCCGUUAGAAUCGAAACUGAAGUGAAAGAUAUUCUUCAGAAUCUACAAAAUGUAAGUACUUCAAAUUUAAUUUUGAAUGAAUCUGUUAAUGAGAAUGUAUGUAAGCGUACAUUUAAACUUCCGAAGCUUGAAUUACGAAAAUUUGAGGGGGAAAUUAAGGAAUGGUUAUUUUUUUGGAGUCAAUUUGAAAAAAUUGACAAAGAUACUACGAUUUCUGAUAGUGAUAAAUUUCAAUAUUUAUUACAAGCGACUUUUGAGGGUUCGCGUACAAGGGAGGUUAUAGAAAGUUUUCCCCCUACAUCUGCUAAUUAUCCCAAGGCCAUAGAAUGUUUGAAGGCUCGUUUUGGUCGAAAUGACUUGCAAGUGGAAGUGUAUGUGAGAGAAUUGUUGAAAUUGGUUCUGAAAAAUGCAAAUUCUAGUAAUUCCUGUAAUAACUUAUGUGCAUUAUAUGAUAAUUUGGAACAACAAAUUCGGGCUCUGGAAACCCUUGGCGUCACUACAGAUAAAAGUGCUGCAUUACUUUAUCCUUUAGUUGAAUCUUGCUUGCUCGAGGAUUUUUUAAGAGACUAUCAAAGAAGUGCAAAUGUUGACCAUGAUCUAGAACCAAAAUGUAGACUGGACAGUUUAUUAAAAUGUUUGAAAUCAGAAGAACGCAUAAGUUUAGCUAUGGCUGGUUAUGGUUUGAAGAACGAAGUGACCUGUGGGAUUAAAUCUAUUAAAACUGUUCAGAAUCGACCAUCAACGGCAGCAAGUUUAUUGAGUACUGAUUCUUCCGCUAAGAAGUGCGUGUUUUGCAGCGGAAAACAUGAUUCAUUUAAUUGUUUUAAAGCUCAAAAAAUGACAUUUUCAGAGAGGCAAAAACUCUUAAAAGAUAAAGGGCACUGCUUUCGCUGUUUAAAGGCUGGUCACUGUGCAAAUAAAUGCAGGAGUUCUAUUAAAUGUGCAAUUUGCCAUAAAAAUCACAGCGUAAUUAUGUGUUUAGAAUUGCUUAAAAAUAAAACAAAUGUUAAGAAGCCUAUAUUAAACAGCAAUGAAAAAGAAACUAGCAAGGAAGAAAGUUCUGUAAAUCUUUCUAGCGUUAGCAACACACCACAAGUACUUUUGCAAACCCUGAAGGUAAAAAUAAUUGGAAAUAAUUGUACACUUUGUGUUCGAGCUUUAUAUGACACAGGAUCUAAAAAAUCGUAUCUAAGGAAGGAUUUAAUUUAUUCUCUAGGCCUGAUACCUUCUAGACAACAGAUUUUAAACCACGCCCUUUUUGGAGGAGAACGAACACCUGAAAAUGUGCAUAAUGUCUACAAAAUUAAGCUAAAGAGUAUAGACGAUAAUUUUACUUGUACUUUUGAUAUUUAUGAGCAAGAUACAAUUUGUGAUGCUGUACCUUCUGCCUUAAAUGGGACAUGGAUUAAAGAUCUCAGGUCCAUGAAUAUACCAUUUUAUGACACUGAAGAUUCAUCAGGGCCUAUUGAUCUUUUAAUUGGUGCAGAUGUGGCUGGUCGACUUUUCACCGACAGAAAAAUAGUACUUUCUAGUGGUAUUGUAGCCAUAGAAACUUACCUGGGCUGGACAUUGAUUGGUAAAACAUCAGUGAAUGCUGAAAGGGAAGAUACGGCGAUGACGAUUGUAACAAUGUUUGUGAAAGAUGCCAAUAUUUCUGACCUUUUUUUCCUUAGACAUCUUAGGAAUAUCUGA